AUGGAUACUAUAAAGCUACCAAAAGACGAGUUGGCUUAUGAAUUUCGAAUUCGUGGGCUUUCCGAUAUAGGUGACGCUAUCGAUUUGAGGAAGAAACUCGUGAAAGAGUUUACUGAGAAUGUUCAACCACUCGAAGAAAUCAUAGCUUUAUUGUAUGUACAGGAAGAGCUAGAAAUUUUUACGGGAAAAUAUGCAGCAUUGGCUGAACGUUUAGAGGAGCUCUCGAUAGAGUUACAAGAGCGCUGGAAACGACAGGGUGAUCGGGUUACAUUUUUAAUAACCGAACUUUGGGAGAGGAAACCCGUGACUACACUACCAUCUCUAACCACAAUAGAUUCUGCCUCUACAUCCCGAACAUUAGAUCCGCCGUUUAAAGGACAAGUCAUUAGGGAUAUAAAAGCGUAUAAAUGGGGUUUAAAUUUCGCAGACACCAUGCUAGAAAUAACUUCAAAUGCAGAAGUGGAUGCUAUUGAACAACAAAACGUUCCAAAUCUAAAAUGCGGUUUGCUGGAACUGCUGAUAAACAGGAACACCGAUUUUCAAGAUUGCAAGAAAUCUUGA